ACCAGCUCUGUUCGUCGACAUUUAGCAUGGCCUUUGGGGUCUGGAUUGACAAUGAUAGCGCAUUUAUAUGCCUAUUUCAAGUCUUCCAUGCUCAAAUCCGCAAUGGGCUGUCACGUCAAAGUCACGGGCAAUGCAAGGCACCUAGAAUGGGCGCGAGGAUUUCUCGCGUGCAAAAUGGGCGGUGGAGAUGCGACAAGGAUGUAAUGAAAGCUAUGCGGUCUGUCAUAGUCCAUGGUAUGAAUCCAACGGCCCAGAAUCAACGCCUGCUUCCAGGAUUCGGGCUUGAUCGUGUGGCUUUUGGCGCAAUGCAACUCGCAUGUUAGUCAGAAGUGACGGGAUGGUUCUUUUGUCUGUUGCCGAAGGGAUAGGCAAAAGGUUCGACCCCGGCAUAGUGAACGAUAUGGGGAUGUGCUUAAGGCGGAAGUGUGGGAAGACCGGGAUAGGUGCAGAGGCGGUGAACAGCCUGGGGAUGCUGAAAUAGAGGAUCGGCGGGGUUCCCAGCCAUGAAGCGUCUUGGUCUGGGCGCCCUCUCGUGCCAGAGCAGCUCGAGCUUCAAUCCGGUCUCAGAGGACAGCUUGGCUGUCAAACACGACCGGCGCCGCUCGCUGGUGCUGCACCAGGACGAGCAGCGGGACGAUUCGGGGGACGAGAGCGAUCCGGAGGACUCGGAGGUGCCCUGGACGUGCACCGUCAAGGUGCGCCGCAUCGGGCCGCAUCUUGGCCCCCGUGUGCCAGGUCCUCGAGAACCGAGCGGCGAGAACGCCGAAAUCUUGCGUGUCAAGUUUGGGACACUUUCGCCGAUACCAAAGCACUCCAAGUUCGUCGCCGUGCUCAAGGUGCCGUUCCCGAUGCCCGAUAUCGAUGUGGAGCAUCUGACUGUGCGGAAGCGGGAGUCGGGUACGGGACGUUCAGCACCACUUUGAAACCUGCAGAUCGUCCGGUGCUGACAGUGCAACACACAAAGAGUGGUCUGCAGCACCGAUCUCUGCCUCGUCGUUGGCGAAAACUUGGGGCUGUCGACCAGUCAGUCGACAAACUCAGUCGCGAAGAAGAUCGAGGGAGACUCAGGGCUGAUAACCAGUGAGGGCCUUGGUGUGCGAUGAUAACCAGGUACCCCGGAGACCGUAUAUUACAUACGUGAUUGAACGCGUCAGAUUACCGAGGCAUUUCCAGCGCGGUGAGAGUGACGCGCUUCGUUAUGGAUAGCGCAUAAUCUUUCGGGGAGAUGAGUGACUAUUACGGUGAGUACUGUCUGUCUAUACGACAUCGCGUUCGGUCAUACAGAAGCCUCCUCGACACCAUCGCGCUCAAUGUUCACA